UAUAAUUGAGAGACAUGAAAAUUUAUUGCACACCCAUAAUUUGCGAUUGGAACCCUGAAAGCAUUUUUAUUUUGAUACCUGUCACACCUCCAGAAGCUUUCAAGACCCUAUUAAUUAACCAUUCCGUCGCAGUUAAUAAUAUGUUGCAAUAAUUAACUCAAUCUGCAGACUGUGACAUAAAUCAUUGGAAAAUCUUGAAUUUCGCGGUGUACCCGCGAAAUCCGAAACAAAAACAAACGUGAUUCACGGCGGUCUGAAUCUGAAACCGCGUGGUGGCUGAGCGUGCGCUCCCAAAACUCGAAACCCUAUUGGCCGCUGAUAAAAGACGAACAGCUAGAUAGUGGGCUUGAAUGAAAGAGCGGCUAUUCAGAAAACGCUCUCCGGCAGUGCGUUUUCAAAGCUUGUUGGGCUUUAGACGGACGCGAAGGCCGCUCAUAGGGCUCGAACUCGCGAACGUUUGGGCAGAUUUUAUCGCGAAAAUUUCCCUGACAAAAAUAUGACUGAAUUCGACAUAAGUUGAUGAAAUUAAAAUAUUUUAGACUUUUUUGAAAGACUUCUAUGAUUUUUUAAUGCGUGUGUGAUUGUCUUGUUCUGAUUAGUUUACGUGUUUUGAUUCCUCAAAGUGCUUCGUUCUUCGAGGCUGAAAGAAUUGAUGUGCUUCUUCAUAACCAAAUGACGAACCACCCCCUCUGCGAGCCGUAACCACGAAAAUGAUGACAUGAUUUCAACACUGCUAGCCUUACCUUCGACGACCUCAUCAUUCAAUCCAACCACCGCCUUCGACUUCAAUGAGACCACCAGCAACUUCCUCUACCUGUCCACCACCGAGGAUGACUUCUUCUUCAACGGCACCUUCCCCAACGGCACCAACUUGACCUUCACCAACUUCAAGACGCCGGUCUUCCCCACGUACCUAAGGGUGAUAUCCAUGGUGUUCUGCAUCAUCAUUAUGUGUUUAGGUGUUAUCGGUAACGUCAUGGUGCCCAUAGUUAUUUUUAAGACGAAAGACAUGCGAAACAGCACCAACAUAUUCCUGGUGAACCUUGCCGUCGCCGACCUCAUGGUGCUGUUGGUGUGCACCCCCACGGUGCUGGUGGAGGUCAAUUCGGCCUUGGAGACGUGGGUGCUGGGACGGGAGAUGUGCAAGGCAGUUCCAUUUGUCGAGCUCACAGUAGCCCAUGCUUCGGUGUUGACUAUCCUAGCUAUAAGUUUCGAGCGAUACUAUGCCAUUUGCAAACCUCUAAAAGCUAGUUAUAUCUGUACUAAAGCAAGGGCGUCUCUCAUAUGCCUUCUUGCUUGGAUCAUUGCUGCCGUCUUCACCAGCCCAGUAUUAUCCAUCACAAAGUACACCAGAGAGCCAUAUUUCGAUGGUACACCAGUCUACGUUUGCUUCAGCUCCGCUAUGGAACUAUGGCCCUGCAUCUUCUUCGGUAGCUGCAUCGUGAUCUUCUUCUUGAUACCCCUAGUCAUACUCAUCUGUGUAUACGUAAUGAUAGCCAAAACCCUGAUAACCCAUCCUACCUCGAUUGCUUCCCUAAAGAUGUCCUCAACAUCCAACCAGAACGUUUUGAAAUACAGGAAACAGGUCAUCGUGAUGCUUGGUACGGUCGUCUUAUCGUUUUUCAUCUGUUUGAUGCCUUUCAGGGCUUUAACUCUCUGGAUCAUAAUCGGUCCUCAAGGGUCCACUUACAGGUUAGGCGUCGAGAACUACUAUAACAUCCUCUAUUUCUCUCGCAUCAUGUUCCAUUUGAAUUCUGCCAUCAACCCCAUCCUGUACAACAUAAUGAGUUCCAAGUUCCGUGGAGGCUUCUUCAGGAUAUGCGGGUUGAAACAUUUCAGGAAGAGGUUCAAGAGGAAGCCGGAGAUCCUGAGGAAGAGUACCACGAGUUCAUCAGCCCACACGUCUUCUCAGCAGACCUCGGAAAGUUUUCUGAGCAGCAGCGGUAGACGCAAACGCAAAUUUUCUACUAGUCUGAAGGAGGUUAAAGAACAAACUUCGACACAGGGCGCUGACACUACUACGGAACAAGGGAAUUUGAAGGGCACAAAUAGUUGCAAAGAUUGUUAUAUCCGCGCACCUUUGUACGAACUGAAUGGUGAAAAAAUGCCAUGUAAUGAGAUAUUUGUUUGAGGGUUACAUGUUCGAAAAUAGGCGUAGCAAGCCAUAUCUAGUGGCUGUCCAGUCAUUCCUUAAUGUCAAAAGUUUCAAGAGAAAAACGUACAAGAAAUGAAAUUUUUUUAGGAGAUUUAUUCCUACCAAAAAUUAUUAAUUUCUUCAUCUUACUUUGAAGAUUAUUCGGCGAAAUAACACACUGUGUUGGCCAUUAGAGAAUUUUCAAUUUCCCUUAGAUGCCGAAGUAAACUAAUUCGUCAGGAAUGUGUGACAAACACAAAAAAAUAAUACUGCAAAAAGACUGUUUGGUUAACUCCAAAACCUUGCUACGCUUAUGUGUAAUGUGGGUGUAUAAUAUAUAUUCUUUGUAUUUUGAGAAAAUUUAACUGAACGUUAGGGUAACAGAGUUACUAGAUUAAUUUUCAGUCAAAAACAUCGCAAGAAUAAGGAUAUGAACCUUUAAAUUAAUUAUUUAUUUCAUAGGUUAAAUAUUUACUUUUUUCUUCACGAAUCAGGUCGAAUGCAUGGACAGAACAUGUUUCAGAUGAAAAUUGUUAAAGAAUACAGAAGAAAUAUUUAUUUUUGCAUAACAAAAAAUUGAUCCAGACAUAUUUCGUUGAUAGACAAUAACUGGAAAUAUAUCAUGUUCAUCCGAUAAAGAAUCUAGGAGUAAUAUUUUAAAUUCAAUAAAUCUAAUAAAUGGUUUGAAAGAAUGACUGAUUAGCAAUAUUGUUAGAGCAGCGGACAAAAGACGAACCUUGCAAUGUUUUGGUCUAGUAGAGAAUCAUAUUAUAAUAUUCGAAAGACUUGUGAUAAUCAAAAAUAGAAAAAUGAUCAAAGACAGUGGUAUCAAAAGUUGUUCAGUGUAUACAUUUUAAUUCGAAUAACCAAUACUGUUAUCGAAUGUUAUAUGUCUUCUAGUCAUGAAUAUGUACCUUUUUAUACUUCGUUUAUGUAUAUCAAUUUUUGAUCAAUGUUUAAUAAAAAAUGUGAAAAGAUUUUGCAUUUUACGCUUCAUCAAACCCAUCCUUAACGCACGCCAUUGAUUUUUAGCUCACUACUUCAAAUUUGGUCAUUGUUUUCAAAUUAUCAUGUUGGAAAAAUUAUACCUUCUAAAGUAAAACUAACAGUUUGAAUGUCACUGAGUAUAUUUUACAUUACAAAAUCACUUAACGAAAGCAAUAUUUAGCAGUUUCGGUUGGAAACGAGUCACAAGAUAAUAUCACGAGAUGUUUUGAAUAUGUGUGUGUUUAUUCAUAAAUAGAUAAUAAAGUUUUAGUAAUUUAUGGCAGAAAAUUCCAGUUGG